ACGUAUAUAUUUAUACACAAAUGACCACAUUUUACAGGACAACUGAAGAGGGAAAACACGACACAGUGAAUUGUUAGAGUGCUGCAGCUAGGGGCGCUGCGGAGUCAUGAUGGUGCCCGGAUGUUGUUUCCGUUUCCAACAUGGCGCGGGGGAGGUCUUGUUGCCGAGGGGUUUGACUUAUGAUAAACGCAUUUAGCCAGUUUUUCACUCAAAUUUGUAAUCGUCUCCCAGUUGAACAACGCGCUCUGGGGCGUUUAUGAAGUUGAAUGCUUGACGGAAUCUACAUUAUACUCCAGACACCACGUUUUCCGACAGACAUUAAAGUCUUCCAACUUGAUAGCCAUCGCGACGGUUGGAAUUUAUUGGCAAUUCUUCAUACUUUCAUCUAUUGUCCCAAACCUCGUAGUAGUAGUUUUGGUGGUAUUUUACCUUGUGUUGAAGAAGCAUCAUGAGUACUGAUGGUCAUGCACUCUUCUAGUUCUGAUGCUCUGCUGCAGCCAUGUUCACCAAGAAGAAAAAGCAGCGCAUUCAGAUCUCAGCUCCCUCCAACUUUGAGCACCGUGUGCACACUGACUUUGAUGAGCAGGAGCAGAAGUUUGUGGGGCUUCCUCGCCAAUGGCAGAGCCUCAUCGAAGACACGGCCAAGAGGCCCAAGCCCUUCAUCGAUGCCACGGUCAUCACCACUGUGGAGCCUCGCAAGGCCAUAGUACGAGGCAGUAAGAUUGGGGUUGAUGGCUCUCUGACAUGGCUCUUGGAUGAGUUUGAAACCAUGUCAGUGAUCCGUUCAAACUCUCUGCGACGGGGCAGUCCUCCCACACAGCCUCGCUCUGACUCAGGCUCCUCUGGGAUGCAGGAGAAUGGGGAGCAGCCUUACCGGCACCAUGAGCAUGCAGGCGAGAGCAGAGACAGAGAGAAAACGCGUCCCGAUUCCCAGAGACCAGCUCGAGCCCAACGAGAAGACGGGAGACCGAUGCAGCCCCAUGGCCAAGAGCCAAGCAGACGUAAAGAGCAAGAACGACCCACUGGACCUCCCCCACCACCUCACAGAGAUCGAGACCACCACAACCCAGUGGUCUGGAGGGAAGUGGCCAAUGACAAAAGACCGAAAUCCAGUUACACAAGUCAAGACGAAAGCCCACAGUCCCCACGGGACAAGAGACCUCUCUCUGGACCAAAUGUUCGAACUCCCAACCUACCUGUCACAGAGGGGGUGAUGAAGACAGCACAACAAAGCCGGCCGUUUAACACUUACCCCCGCUCUGAAAGUGACUCGGCAAGAAACCCCAGCAGUCAGGACCUGAAGCCAGGCAGGACUCAGGACUCUCCCCCGAAUGGCCCAUCCGGGUCAAGCCGAAGUGGGAACAGUGGGGGUAAGGGCUCCUCACAGCAGCAUCAUGCGUCUCACCCUGCUUUGGGUCCAGAGCCCCCCCAAAGCCAGCCAUUUCCACCAGCAUCCCGCCCUCCUGUGCCCUCUGGACCACCCCAGCAACCCCAGCGUGUUUCUCACGAGCAGUUCCGUGCUGCUCUUCAGAUGGUGGUGGACCCUGGUGACCCCCGCACCUACCUCGACCACUACAUCAAAAUUGGCGAGGGCUCCACUGGUAUUGUGUGUAUUGCAACAGUUAAGAGCUCUGGCAAACUGGUGGCUGUGAAAAAGAUGGAUCUGCGCAAACAACAGCGGCGCGAGCUGCUCUUUAAUGAGGUGGUGAUCAUGCGAGACUAUCACCAUGAGAAUGUUGUGGACAUGUACAACAGUUACUUAGUCGGUGAUGAGCUCUGGGUUGUCAUGGAGUUCCUCGAAGGUGGCGCACUCACUGACAUAGUCACACAUACGAGGAUGAAUGAAGAGCAGAUUGCCACUGUGUGCCUGUCUGUCCUUAAGGCUCUGUCAGUGUUGCACACUCAGGGUGUCAUCCACAGAGACAUCAAAAGCGACUCUAUUCUACUUACUCAUGAUGGCAGAAUAAAGCUGUCUGACUUUGGCUUCUGUGCCCAAGUUUCAAAAGAGGUCCAGCGAAGAAAGUCGUUGGUUGGAACUCCAUAUUGGAUGGCACCUGAGCUCAUCUCAAGACUGCCAUAUGGACCAGAGGUGGACAUUUGGUCCCUUGGUAUUAUGGUAAUUGAAAUGGUCGAUGGAGAGCCUCCAUAUUUCAACGAACCGCCACUCAAAGCAAUGAAGAUGAUUCGAGACAACUUGCCACCCAAACUGAAGAAUCUUCACAAAGUCUCACCACUUCUCAAGGGCUUCUUGGACAGGAUGCUCGUUCGGGACCCUGCCCAGAGGGCCACGGCCGAGGAGCUGCUCAAGCAUCCGUUUCUCUCUAAAUCUGGCCCUCCCUCUUGUAUCGUGCCCCUCAUGAGGCAAAACCGCAUGAGAUGAACGCAAGAGGGACAUCCAUCGCACCAGGACCCUCUGUGUAUCACAAAGUACAGACGCUUUGAGGCAGGAGGCCUCCAGAAAGGUGCAGCUCUGCACACUUCAAGUUUCAGAUCAAGUGUUUGAAAAGACCAGACUUGCCUCCAAAUAUUAUAAACACUGCUGUUGGCUUGAGCUAAGGCCUUUGGAAAGGACUAUACCAAAAGAAGCCCUGCAAUGACAACACUGUUGAUUUUACACUAGUUGCAUGGUCACUGGAAACACGCCAUCUUUGGUGAAGUGAGAAUUCAGUGUCAGUGUUCCUCUUUUUUUCUUAGGAGGGGUUUUGUAUGAUUUUGCAGUUUGAUCCAUCUCUCACUGGCUGUGUUUAGGGGUGAAGCAAUUAAUCUCUGACUUAAACUCUAAUAUCUGGAACUUUUUGGAGCUGCUGUUUUACAGUGGAAGCAGUGCUCCAUUUCUAAACUCAAACUUCACCCUCUGCACCAUAACCACUUUCUGACUUCUAAUCAAUUUAAAGAGGAAAAUAACUACUGAAGAGCUAUAUUUUACUUUAUAAAAAGGAAAAAAACACUAGGCUCCUGUUACAACACUAGACUAGGUAAACACUGGAUGUGUGCUUUUUAUUCAGACCCGUGGGGUGUUUGAUAAAACAUAGUCACAUGUCAUUUAAUAGAUUUUAUGCUUCUUUUUUUUAUUAUUUAAUUUUAUUUUAUUUUGGGUGACAGUGAAGAUAUUUUAAGCACUGUUCUAGGAUUGAAGCUGCACUCCUGUUCAUUUUUUUAAUCCAACACAAAAAAAAUCCAUCUUUCAAACAGGAUGAAACCAAAUAUAUAAAGGGAUCUCUUACCAUGUAGCUUUGCAUCUCGACAUGCUGUGUAUAUUCUUGUGCAGAAUUCCUUUAAGAUGUGAAUUGUACAUUCAGGACUAUGUGAACCUAUAACUUGGGCCUGGAUGUCAAAUUAAGGCGGAGCAGGUUUUGCUCGUGAAGGCUUUGGCAAUUAGAAGAUUAAUUGAAUCAGAUGCAUUAAAUCAAACACUAUCCUGUAGCACUCUAGGACUGGCGUAGUCUCGUGUUACUAGGGCUAAGUUUGUUAGGGCUAAUUAACAAGGGAGGUGAUCUCCAGCAGUUGAUGCUUCCUUUAAUUUGACUGUUCAUCAGCUGCUGUCCCUGUGUCCUGCUGUGUAUAAACACUAACAAGACACACAUAUGGCAAUGUAGCUAUGGGCUUGUAUGAGUACAAUUGUCCUAUUUCAGUGCAGGGCUCUGUAACCGUGCCUUUAUUUUCUAAUCCUGAGCUCCUGAGGUUGGGAGCAUGUUAGCUUGCACCUAGACAGCAACCAAAGAUGUGACACUAAGAGCGAGAACUGAGGGGAAACUACUGGUGUGAAUCAGUCUGGACAUAUUUCUAAAUAUCACACAUCACGCAUAGCGUUUGAUUGUUCUGUUAUACUUGUUCAACCUUCAAAUUUUAGACUGGAUAGACCUUGGAAAGCAAAUUGAUCUAUUGGAAGAAGAUUUUGAAGGUUGUGUAUGUCAUUUCACAGUGUCGGAGGUUUAAUCUGAUGAAAUAUUAUUUGAAAGAUCUUCUGUAGAAAAUAGGAAGACUGAAGUAGCGUUGUAAUGUACAUAAUUUGUGAGAUAUUUUAAAAAUCUUACCUUAACAUCUCUCAUUGUAGUCACAAAUUCUUUAAAAAAAAAAUCAACCCAUGUAUAGAUCUAGAAAACUUUUGUUUUGUUUUUUUAACUAAUAAUACUUACCAGCAGCUUUCAUCUCACAUUAGAGUGCUCCAGUUUUUUGGAGGUGGAACUAAAAGACAAUCAAACAAAUCUGAGUAACGUACAAAUAUCUUACCUUUUUAAUAUCCAUGAAAGUAGAUUUACUUCGGCCUGUGUACAGAUGCUUCAUCAGUGACCAAAUAGCAUUUGUAAAGUCAUAAGACAUGUUUUUUUUGUUUUGUUUGUUAAUGGGAAUUGCUUGUAAGUAUUAAGGGCACAAAAACAGAGCAGAUGUAGAUCCAGGAAUAAUAAUGAUUGUUCCUUCAAUAACAAGCAGCCUUAAUGCGUUUAAAUCUUCCACACUACUCAGUGGCACAUGCAGUUAUCGAUCUGCUCUACAGGGUGUGAUGACGAUGGACUUUUGGGGUUAAAAAAAAAGUCUCAAACCGAGAUCUUUGUUUAACAUACCUGUAAAAAUGUUCAUAAUGAUGAUAUCAGGGCACAAAACACAAGCCUUACUUUGCUGUUAAAUGGGAAAUACUGUACUGUGAGAGGCAUGGCUAAAUGUACAGAUCAUUUAUAUAUAAACUUGUUUUGGGAAAUGCCUUGUACCUUUCUGUCUAUCUCCCAUUUGAAUUCUCAUCUCAUUCUCAAUUUGUAAAAUUUUAUGAUUCUGCUGAUGUUCACUAAUGAGGUACAUUUUCGAAGAUACACUAAUGAAUUUUUACACUAAUGCCAUUAUUUCAUGUCUCUAUUUGCUCAUGCUAUAAAAACUGGCUUGAACAUAGACCUUGUUCCCUUAAAGAUUAAGUAACAGUAGAAAUGCCUCAUGUUCACAGUUUACUUUCACCAACUGUGCGGAAUGUGUGAUAUCAGCACUAGAUUUUCUGAUUAUUGGUGUGUUUAUUUAAAUCAGUCAUGUGCUGAUACAGAUAUGGUACUGAUACCAUUGUGCAUUAUGAAUUUCUUUGUCACACGUUUGUUUUUCAUACCACAAGUCCCACUAAUGGGCCAAGCUUAUUCAUACUGUUUCACUACAUUCUAAAACCAUCAUCUGUGUUUGAGUGUUUGUGUUUUAAAGCAAUAUCUGUAGUUCUACCAUGUGUCAGCUUGUAGGUUAUACGUUAAACAAUGUUUUAAUUAUUAUUUUGAAACGAAUGAAUGAGAUAAUACACUUUGAUUAUCAAUAGCAUGUUAACAUUGAUUUAAAUUUUGCUGUCUUUCUUAGCUGACACUCAUGAUUUUAGACUAAUUUCCUCAAACACACGCUCAGAAUCCUGUUUGGACUGUGACUACUACUGACUGGCCUGUUCGUGUUUGUGUAUCAGUGAGUUCAGUCCUCUCAUUGUGUUAAGUGUAGUCAUGCUGAAAUGUUACUUUUGAUAGACACCUGAUGUCAGUUCCCUUCAUGAUUUGUGGAUUUUUGUUGUUAAAAGGACACCCCCCCCCCCCUUUUUUUUUUUAAACUCUGUUUUAUUUUAUUUUUGGGGGGGAAUACACUUCCUACAAACAAA